UGCCACUGGCCCGCAGAGAGCCCGCCGCCCUCGGUCACCGCGUCCACUUCCGCCCGGGAAGGAGGCGCCUCCUACUCGGCUCGCCCCUGACCGUGGCUCGGGGAUCCGUGGGUCUGCGGCGCUGCCCUUUCCCGGUGUUGCCCCCUCUGCGCAGUAGGCAGUUUCCAGCCGGCGGAAGAGCCCCGUCUCUGCCCAUCCUCUUCGCUGGUCAAAAUCUGUUCUCUACAUUUCCUGUGGAGAUUGUUACUGCGUUGGGAACCCAACUUAACUAUCUCCAAUGGCUAACGAAGCGCAUCCUUGUCCCUGUGACAUUGGCCAUAAGAUAGAGUAUGGAGGGAUGGGGCAUGAAGUUCAAGUUGAGCACAUCAAGGCUUAUGUCACCAGAUGCCCUGUUGACGCUGGCAAAGCCGUGAUUGUCAUUCAAGACAUAUUUGGCUGGCAGUUGCCCAAUACCAGAUAUAUGGCUGACAUGAUUGCUGGAAAUGGAUACACAACCAUCGUUCCAGACUUCUUUGUAGGGCAAGAGCCUUGGCACCCCUCUGGGGACUGGUCUACCUUUCCGGAGUGGUUGAAAACACGAAAUGCCAGGAAUAUCGAUAAAGAGGUCGAUGCUGUCUUGAGGUAUCUGAAACAGCAGUGUCAUGCCCAGAAGAUCGGCGUCGUGGGAUUCUGCUGGGGAGGAGUUGCUGUCCAUCAUGUGAUGAUGAAAUACGCAGAGUUCAGGGCAGGGGUGUCCGUCUACGGCAUCGUCAAGGAUUCUGAAGACGUGUACAGUUUGAAGAACCCCACGUUGUUCAUUUUUGCUGAGAACGAUGCUGUGAUUCCUCUCGAGCAAGUCUCUUCGCUGACCCAGAAGUUAAAAGAACAUUGCAAAGUGGAAUAUCAAAUUAAAACAUUUUCUGGGCAAACCCAUGGGUUCGUGCAUCGAAAGAGAGAAGAUUGUUCAUCUGAAGACAAGCCCUACGUUGACGAGGCAAGACGGAAUUUACUCGAAUGGCUGAACAAGUAUGUUUAGCAGUGGCCAGUGCAAACUUUUCUCAGGAUGGCUUUUGUUCAGAAAUGGGCUUGGGAAUACUUAUAUCAUUUCUACUUUGUAGAAAAUAAAUCAAAGAAUCCUGAAAUUCAUGAUUUCAUCUGAAACAAAUUCCGUAAGAAAUAAAAAUUGUAAAAGUA